CAGAGUAGGCCGGAUAUGACGCAGCCUGACGGGGUAACGGCUAUGGCGGCGGGUUCCGGCUCGGGGACAGGCUCGGUGGUGAAGGGUCUGAUCAAACAGGAGGACUGCUCCUUCCUCCCCAUCGUCCACGACAUCAUCAAAUGCAUGGACAAAGACAGCCAAGAUGUACACCAAGAACUCAAUAAACUGAAAACAAAGCUGCAAGAGACUCGGGAAAUAAUUUUGGCAAUGCCUGGAAUUGACCUCAGUCCUGAGCAGCAGCAUCUUCAGCUUCAGAAUUUGCGAGACCAGGUUCGCACAAAGAAUGAACUUUUACAGAAGUACAAGAGCCUGUGCAUGUUUGACAUCCCCAAAACAUAGGAAGUAGCCAGCCACCAGCACCAAGGAACAUUUCCAUUGUAGAUUAUUUUUUUGCUGCUGAGUUCAUGACUACAGAAAUAUAGGCAAGACUGCAUGCUUAAUAAUGGUUUAUUGAGUAUACCUUUUUUAAAUUAUAAGCCUGUUGUUUAAUUUAGUACAAGGCUCAUUUAUCAGAAUGUUUGUCUGCUGUUUUUCUAGUCACCAGAUCAUCUGAUUAUAUACAAAUCCAUUUGUUCAGUAAAUACUUAUUACUGGUAAGGCUUCAAAGAGUUAUGUAUGAAUUGAAAAAUUUAUUGAUUUGUAAUGUACAUGCAGUGAUAUAUUGUUUUGGCAGUAAACUAAUGGGGAUUUAGUUAGCUGGUGUAUGAAUUCAAAUUAAGUAUAUUAUUUUCAAGCCAAGAACUGGAAUACAGAAGGCCAUUAGUCCAGUUUGGUGUCACCACACUCCCAUAUUGUCUUUUGACAGUAGGUUUGAAGUUGUGUAAACGUUUGUCUCUAGAAACACUAAAAGAAAAACUGUCUGAUGCUUCCAAAACUGGAUGUUGCGAAAGUGGUUUGACAUUUAAAGUUGAUAAACAGAUAAUUAAUUCAAGAACAAUUAAUUGGUGUUGAAGUUCGACUCUGAGCUAUGUACUCGGAGUAUAUGCUAAAUGUUCUUUAAAGCAUAGUAAAGUGUGGGUGUAAUGUAUAUUUUCUAUUAAUGAUUAAAAUAAGCUUCCAGUCCCAUUCAUGGUUUUCAGUAAAGUUUAUUUUGAUCAUUUUUGCAUGUCUGAUGCUAUAGGUGUUACCUAUUUGCUGUUAGGUUUCACUUAAGACAUCUCUCUUCUGCGUAGUGUGAUGCAAUGUCUCUCCAUUAUAAAUAGAAUAUAGUACAAACAUAUUAACCAUGAGAGAACUCUCUAAUUUUCUAUAAAGGGAGAGCAUUAGACCCUCUUGUAUUUUAGUACUUCAUACUAUGUUAGUUGUACUUGUCUUUUCCCCUUCAUGUACCCAGACUACUGGAAAUGUGUAAAUUUAGAACACUUUUUAAUGCCUUGAGACACUUGUGAAGAAACUAAAUUGUAUUUUGAAUUUAUAAAUCUAUAUUUUUCAAUUCA